AUGGCAAACUCCAGCGAAUUCGGACCCCUUACACCUGCCAUCGAGGUGGCUGCGGCGUUCCCCAACAACAUCCACGGCAAGACGGUCAUUAUAACCGGAGUCUCUCCCAAAAGCCUGGGUCUUGCAACUGCUGCUGCCUUUGCCUCCCAGUCGCCUGCAAAUCUUAUUCUGACCGGAAGGUCUCCCGACAAAGUCGAGGCUGCCAUCAAUGAGCUCAAAUCCAUCUACCCGAACGUCAAAUACCAUGCCUUGAUUCUGGAUCUCGCAUCCCAGUCCUCUGUCCGAGCGGCCGCCGCCCAGCUUAACAAGGACGCCUCGAUCCCCUCGGUCGACAUUCUCAUCAACAACGCCGGAGUCAUGGCCAUCCCCACAUUGACAACGCCGGACUUCGCAACAAACCACAUCGGCCACUUCCUCUUCACCAACCUCAUCCUGCCGAAACUCAUCAAGGCCGCCUCGACCUCCUCGACCCCAACCCGGAUCAUCAACGUCACCUCGUUCGGGCACCAGUUCUCCCCCGUGCGCUUCUCCGACGUCAAUUUCACCAAGGCCGGCGCGGAGCUCCCCGAGUCAGAGCGUCCGGAGUACCAGAAGACCGAGUUCUUCACGGGUAAGAGCCAUGCAGACGACGUCUACUACGGCUUCUUCUCGUACGCCCAGUCGAAAACAGCUAAUAUUCUGCACUCGGUCGCCCUGAACCAGAAGCUGUGGGAGAAGCACGGCAUCGCCUCGUUUGCUGUGCAUCCUGGGGCCGUUGAUACGAAUAUUAACCGCCAUGCUACGCCGAGUGAUAUUGAGCUGGCCUUGAAAAGGGUCAAAGAGCUUGGCUUUGAUUCUGCGCAGAAGACGCCAGGGCAAGGCGCGAACACGACGGUUUUUGCUGCGGUUGGCUCUGAUCUAAGACCUGUUGGUUUUGAGGGGGAUCAUGCCAGGGGGGCUUAUCUUGCGGACUGUAAGGUGGAUGAUGAGAAUGUUGCUGCCUUUGCGACGAACAAGGUCUUUGCGGAGAGACUUUGGGCUUUGAGUGAGGAGCUGGUGGGGGAGAAGUUUGAUUUCUGA